CGUAUGUUUAUCAAAGAAUUAUUUAAGAAGAAAGAGAACCGAAUAUCGCUUGAAAAUAAACUCAACUCUAAAGUUAUACAAAUAUUUUAAUUAAGUGCAUCUAUUAAAGCAAAUAACUGAAAACAUUGAAGGACAAUUUAACAAUGAUUGGAGAAUUUGUAAUCAAAGGAAACACGUGCAAUGUUGUUUUUGCAAAUAGGAGGCUGACAAUCACAGGCUUAAAAAGUGAUGAAAAAUGUAAUAUACUAGUCAAGGACAUUUUAUCUGUGGAGUAUAUUGAAUGUAGCCGGCCGUCCGUCCGUCUGUAUUACGUGGUUCCAUAUACUAACAAACGCUUGCGGAUGCAAGUGUGUGAUUUGACUGGAAAUGAAAGUAUUUGCAAUUGUUUAGUGCAGGAAAUUAAAGAAGAUCUGAAUGCGUUAACUAGACCACGACGGCUAUUGGUAUUUGUCAAUCCCAAGUCCGGACAUAAAAAAGGAGUUAAGAUAUAUUCUUCUAGAGUCGCUCCACUCCUUCAACUUUGUGGAAUUCAUACAGAAGUUAUAGUUACCGAACGAGCUGGCCAGCCGAAAGAGCUUCUUGCAGAAUGCGAUCUUUCACUUAUCCACGGAAUCGUUUCUGUAGGUGGUGAUGGGAUGUUUUCAGAAUGUGUGAACGGUUUAUUGGCCAGACUUCAGUCAGAUUCAGACAUUGAUAUGAAUGAUCCAGAUUCAGAAAUUGUUGCCUCUAAAAUACCAAUAGGAAUAGUACCGGCAGGAUCAGGAAACUACCUUGUUAAUUACAUUCAUGGAACCCGAGACUUAGAAACAGCAGUACUCAAGAUAAUUCUUGGGGAUCAUCAUAUGUCAAACGUUGUAAGUUUACACCAGGGUAGAAAGUUGACGUGUUAUGCCAGUUUGUUGGUUGAGUUUGGACUGAUUGGAAACAUGAUGCAUGAUUGUGAAAAGUUCCGAUGGUUGGGUCCCAGUAGAUAUAGUGUGGUCCCCAUCACAACUUUAGCAAGGAGAAAGCCGGUUGAUGUUGAAAUAGAAUAUAUGCCUGAAGAACCAAAGAAAAGUAGUCCUAUGACAACGUCAAAAUACCUACGCCAAGUUUCACUUCCGGCAAAUAAAUACUCGGCACGAUUCUUCAAACAAAGACUGUUUUCAAUGCCGGAAGACUAUGACUCGGAUAAGAAAAAUGAUUGGAAGAAAUUGGACGGAAGGGUAUACGGAGUUGACACAUAUGUUGUUACACAGAAAGAAAAGGACGGGUCUCUUUUCCCUCGUUUCGGUGACCACGCCCUUACAAUGUGGGUUACAGAUAAAUGUGGCAUAGGAGAGCAUGUUGACCAACUUACAAAAUUACAAAAGGCACAAGCAGGAUAUCUUGACUAUGAUUUUAUCCGGACAGUUCGAGCGUCAAGAUACCGUGUAAGAUUGUCUACAGCAAGUUCUACCAUGGAUGGUAACGGAGAACGGCAUUUAGACAAGAAAUUUUACAUUAACGCAGACGGCGAGGCGAUUAAGUUAGACACACCAGAGUUUGAGGUCAGACUUCAUCAAUGCUCAAUGCCUAUCUACGGUAAGAUUGAUGGCUGAAAACUUUCCCCAAGAUCGCUUUGUACACUAUAGGUACACCUACGCAAUAUCAGACACUGCUUUUAAGCCCCCUGCAUACAAGUGCCAAAUAUACAACACAUAAAAAGUGAUGGAGGGAGAGAAGCAUUAUGUCGAGGGCGGACUUGCUACACUAUCCUGGAGUGAAGUACUUAUACGUGCAGCAAGAAGGAGAAGUUACAACAUUGGAGACGACGACGAUGUAACAUUACAACAUUACGCAAAAUGUCUGUCUAAAGCAGACAAUUAUACGACUAAGCGCGCAUUUAUGCGUGUUAUAUUAAUGAUAUUACCUAUACUUUAUUGUAGGUAUAUUUUAGACGCGGCACAUCAUGUAAACGUGCCUAAUGGUAUACAAACGACCUUCUUAUUUCAAGAAGUGAAACGCACAACACAUAUCGUGUUGUAAGUUAGUAGUUUCAGUAUUUUAUUAUACAUUUAUUUAUUGAUGUACUAUAUAUAUAUUUAUUUAUUAUACUUGACGAGGACUUCCGGUCUCGAUCACAAUCAACGUUUGACAUUUGUCAAUGAUAUAACUAUAUUCUUUAUAAACGCAUGUGUUUGUGAUUACCUUUUAUUUAUAAGUAAUAUUGGUUGUUAUAAUGUACGAAUAGUAUGGUACAGUAUAUGUUUUAUUUUGUUAACGUUUUAU